AACUUCUCUAAGUCAAAUUCUUCUCGCGAUCGACGAAGAAGCUCCGACAACCGAAACGAAAAUGGUGUUCCAGACGACUAGCGAGACAAAGAGCGUCGUUCUCCAAGUAGCGCUAGCCUUGUUGGUGGUCCUGGGCCCGUCGGUGAUGGUGGACGGAGGUCUGAUCGUCGGGAGAAUUCGGCGGCACAUCGCGAGCGGACACGAACACCGAGCAGACAGAAUUCUCUACUGUUCCUACGACUCUGCCCUGGAAACUCAGACUCAGCUGGCCACACAAAGACUGGAGGGAUACGCGCAACUGAGAUUUCCCGCAGACGUGGUGGACUGGGAUUUGUUGAAUGUCGAAGUCGUCGCAAUCAGAGAAGAGUUGGGGGAUCCUACGUUAACGCCCCUGGAACGCAUCAACCUGCUGUACACCAUCUCAGUCGGCCUGAUGACGGAGGAGCUGAACGAGAACCCCGCCCUUCUACCGGUCGACGUCGCGCGAAACAGAACCCGGAUGUUGGCCGCCAUGGACGAGCUUCUCACGACCAUGAACAACACGAUUCGGCUGUACAGAAACCGCGCGGAAGAGAACUGCCACUGUUUAGACGUCACCACUGGGAUCCUAGGCCGCCUCAGAGAAGUCAGGUUAGAGACAUCUCCGGCACGUCUGACGUCAGACGAGAAGAUCCUAAAGUACAUCCGGGUCCUGCACCAGGUCAUCCGGCUGGUCAACAUGGAGCGACGACGUCACAUGAACCCGCACUGCAGACAGCAAUGAUAGAGAACAUCCAUGCUACUCCAAAACCCCAUACACCAGGCUUUAGGUAGAUACUGAAAACUCCUUCAAAUAGCCUCUAACGCUUAGUUCCGUCAACUUUGGUCAAAACGUAGAAAUGCUUAAGUGCAACAUAAAAAUGCAAAUAUUCGGAAGAACAAGCAGCCACUUUCACAUUGGUCGAGCCAUAAAUUGCCAUGCUGACAUUGGUUGAAUUGAUUGAAUAGUUGGUUGAAUAGUGGUGGAUAGUCAGGGUCGGUCCUUUGGAAUGAUGUUCUUCCUCCUUUCUACCCAUCAGAGGAUAGGUAACGUUACGUCGUAUGGAGUAAAGACAAAAAAAAAACACCUGGACAGUAGACUGGUCUAUGCUGUAAGGUAGCACUUAGGUAAGGUAAAAUUUCUCUCCAACACUCACCGACUUUCCAAUGGUUCAGCCUUCCUCAGGAAAACGGACCCAUUCGCUCUAACAGGUGGCCAUGUUGAAACGU